GUUAUGGUAAAGGUGCAGCUCUCCUUUCUUGUAAAGAUCAGUUUUUCUCUUUAGAGAUUUCCCUACACCUAGACAAAGACCACCAAACAAAAAGUGAAAUUACCUAAUCAGAUGACCGAUGGCUCCAGUCAUAGAAGCAGGCUUUAAAUAUUCGGCUGCUGGAAGCACAGGACUCUCCCAGCAGCCCCUGGUUCUAGUUUCCUUUAUGGUCCUUAUGGUCCUCAUUGUUAUGCUGUUCUACUGCUCAUCCUCUGACUGGCAAUCCUUUCAAUUUUGUGAUCAUGAAGAUGUGGAAAGAGGGGUUCCUAAACUCAUUCAAGUUACUAAACUGGAAAACCUUGAUUUUGUGGGAGUCAGAUUUAAUCCAGAGGGGGAUGAAAUCCUUAAGGUUGAGAAAGGCAAACCUAAUUUGGAAAAAACUACCCAGGUAUCAACUCUCAGCUCAAGGGUGGAAGAAGAAAGGAAUCCUAAUGGGGUAACAAGUUCUGUAGACACUGAUGAAGCAAUACCAGGAGUAUCACACCCCCAAAAAUGUAAUUCUUCUGUGAAGACAGGUGACAUGCAGUUUCUCAAGGGGCUUCACAUUGAACCUCUAAAAAAUCCACCAGAAAACUUCAAGUCACCAGAGAAACUACAGAGAAAUUCAUCGGUUAAGAAGAACCUUUCAAAGACUCUGCAUGAGCCAAGCUUCCUUCCUAGCUUGUUGGCCACUCAGCCUGGGGACCGAGAUACAGGCCCUACCUCUGAAAAUAAGCGUAAGAACUCAGACAUUCUAGCACAUACCUUAGACCCAGCCUUGGAGGACAUCACGUUUCAACAGAUAGUGGAACACACAUAUGAAACGGCAAAUUACGUAAAAGAAGCCAAUAGCCAAACCCUCCACUCUUCAUUGACACUCUCUUACAGACAUUCAGAUGCCAGUCUUCAGCCUGACAGUUCUUAUUCGUGGCUGAAUGACGAACCAGAAGAUCCCACUUACCAAACUGUGAAGGAAUUCCUAGAAACUGAAUGUUCUUCCCCUACACUUCUGGAGACACUCCAGCCAGAACCAGACAGCACUGGCGCAAACCAGCAUAAACUGGUCUUAACAGAUGACAUUGUACUUGAAGAGGUCUUUGAGGAAAGAGAGGUUCUGGCCAAGUUGAAUGUUGUCUAUGCCAAAGUGAGCAGAAAGAGCAAGGCCUUAUCCACAGCAGAGGAGGUCCAUUCAGAAUCAUUUAAUCAGAAACCACAUGAUGAUGAUCCUCCUCCUCCUCCAUUGCCGGAGAAACGCUUUGGUAUCGAUCAAUCAUCUGAAUCUAAGGGAGGAAUUAACCCUCUCCCUGCUAACACAUCCUCCCCCAUGUCUUUAAUGGCCAUCUCCCUCCAUCUUUAAAAGACCACCCACCCUCAAGUCUCAUCUCUUUGAUUUUCGCCCUCUUCCACGGGCAGGCUUGAGGGUGGGUUGGUCCCUCUGGUGCUACCAGGGAGGGACCGCUAUCCAGCGACAAGGGACCCCACCGGGAUGACAGGGGUGACUGAAGCGACGGCCGGGGAACAGGAGGAUG